CGCCCCGCGCCUGCCACUGCCACUGAGGAGCGUGGAGCGCAGCCGCGUCCCUGAGCUCCGCCGCCGCCCCUCGCUGUCCCGCCAUGGCUGUGCGCCUCGUCCGUGGGUCCGUAUGCCUCCUGGGCGCCUGCCGCUCCUGGUGCCAGCCCGCCGUGAGGUGUUCUCAUUCUGGAGUGGAAGCACGUCUAGAAAGUUCUUCUGCUAAAAGAUUUACAGAUAUAGGAAUUAGAAGAAUCUUUUCUUCGGAGCAUGACAUUUUCCGGGAAAGUGCAAGAAAGUUUUUUCAAGAAGAAGUGGUUCCUAAUCAUGCAGAAUGGGAGAAAGCUGGAGAAGUGAGUAGGGAGCUUUGGGAAAAAGCUGGAAAACAGGGACUGCUUGGUGUCAACAUUGCAGAACGUCAUGGUGGGAUUGGUGGUGACUUGUACUCAGCAGCUGUUGUUUGGGAGGAGCAAUCCUACGUAAAUUGUUCAGGUCCAGGUUUUAGUCUUCAUUCAGAUAUUGUCAUGCCUUAUAUUGCAAACUAUGGCUCAGAAGAACAGAUUAAGCACUUCAUCCCCCAGAUGACUGCAGGCAAAUGUAUUGGUGCCAUAGCAAUGACAGAGCCUGGGGCUGGGAGUGACUUACAAGGAGUAAGAACAAAUGCCAAAAAAGAUGGAAGUGAUUGGAUUCUCAAUGGAAGCAAGGUGUUCAUCACUAAUGGCUGGUUAAGUGAUGUUGUGAUUGUAGUUGCGGUUACAAAUCGUGAAGCUCGGUCACCUGCCCAUGGCAUUAGCCUUUUUCUGGUGGAAAAUGGAAUGAAAGGAUUUAUCAAGGGACGGAAGCUACAUAAAAUGGGAUUAAAAGCCCAGGAUACUGCAGAACUAUUCUUUGAAGAUGUCCGAUUGCCAGCUAGUGCCCUACUUGGAGAAGAGAAUAAAGGCUUCUAUUACCUCAUGCAAGAACUUCCACAGGAAAGGUUGUUAAUUGCUGAUUUGGCAGUUUCUGCCUGUGAAUUCAUGUUUGAAGAAACCAGGAACUAUGUUAAGCAAAGAAAAGCUUUUGGGAAAACAGUUGCACACAUACAGACUGUGCAGCAUAAACUAGCAGAAUUAAAAACACACAUAUGUGUAACCAGAGCUUUUGUGGACAGCUGUCUGCAGCUGCAUGAAACGAAACAUCUGGACUCUGCCUCUGCUUCCAUGGCGAAAUAUUGGGCAUCUGAGCUACAAAACAGUGUAGCAUAUGAUUGUGUACAGCUCCAUGGAGGAUGGGGAUACAUGUGGGAAUACCCGAUUGCAAAAGCUUAUGUGGAUGCCCGAGUUCAGCCAAUCUAUGGUGGUACCAAUGAAAUAAUGAAGGAACUGAUUGCAAGAUCUAUCGUCCGUGACCAGUAGGCAUCUGCCCACAUCCUGGAAUCCUAUUACAGCUAAUCAGGUUUUAAAUCUACUGAAGACAAAGCCUAAACUGGAAAAGGAGGAGCAUGGCAAGUGCUUUUUAUGUGCUCUGUCCUAUAGAGAAA